UCUCCUGACAGGCUGGGCUUGAUUGAUGUCUCGAGCUGUUACCUGAGCGCGUUAACCUCUUCCUGUCUGGCAGACAUAGUCCGAUGGCAGGCGGGGUUUGCGCGCGCUCCCUCUGGUCGUCCUGUUUGAGGGACAGAGUCGAGUCCUGACGCUGACAUACAGGCAGACCGGCGGCCAGCACCGGAUAACGGACGUCAGGCUUCGCUCUCCUGACAGACUCUUCCAGCUCCGGCUUCCUGCAGGGGGCUGUCACCCCGCAAUGUGAGCUGCGUGUAGUAGUGUACAGAGCGAAUGGCCUGUGGCUCUCCGUGACAGUUCGGGACAUACCCUGACCGCCUUUCGUUGUUAUUCGUUCACAGGCUGGUUCCCUCGGGAAAUGGCUCCGUCUAAGUCCGUGCUGAGUUUGGCCACCUUUAUUUUCGGGUUGGCCAUUGGCUUCAUUUGCUGCUACGUGAUCUUCAGCAUCGUCCUGGAGCAGAGGGGCCAGAGCCAGCCCGAGAUCCUUCACAAUGACCCCCACUUCAGGCACGCAGAGCACGAAGCCGAGGCUGAUGGGCUGGCCGGACAGAUGGACUUCAAUGCGGACACCAAACAGCAUCACGAUGAGGACACGCAUGUAGCUGACGAGCUGUUCAACAAAGUGAGAAUACUUUGUUGGGUCAUGACUGGGCCUCAGAACCUGGAGAAGAAAACCAAACAUGUUAAAGCCACUUGGGCCCAAAGGUGCAAUAAGGUGUUAUACAUGAGUUCAGAAGAGAACAAAGAAUUCCCCACGGUGGGGCUGGAUACUAAGGAGGGCCGGGACCAGCUCUAUUGGAAGACUAUUAAAGCCUUUCAGUAUGUGCACGAACAUCACCUGGACGAAGCCGACUGGUUUAUGAAAGCGGAUGACGAUACUUAUGUUGUUCUCGACAAUCUUCGAUGGCUUUUGUCAAAGUACAGUCCAGAGGAUCCGAUUUAUUUCGGGAGGCGCUUUAAGCCUUAUGUGAAACAAGGCUACAUGAGUGGAGGUGCUGGUUAUGUGCUGAGUAAAGAAGCUUUAAAGAGGUUCGUUACCGCGUUUAAAGAAGAGAAAUGUACACACAGUUCUUCGGUGGAAGAUCUUGCCUUGGGGAAAUGUAUGGAGAACAUUAAUGUUAAGGCUGGGGAUUCUAGAGAUACCACUGGAAAGGAGACAUUCCACCCUUUUGUCCCAGAGCAUCAUCUUAUACAGGGGUACUUGCCAAGGACAUUUUGGUACUGGAAUUACAACUAUUAUCCCGCUAUUGAGGGCCCUGGCUGUUGCUCUGAUCUGGCAAUUUCCUUUCACUAUGUGGACUCUUCGACCAUGUACCAGUUGGAGUAUCUGGUUCAUCACCUCCGUCCUUAUGGGUAUAAUUACAGGUAUAACCCCGACUCUCCAAGCCGCCUUGCAGAGCAAAAUGUGAAGGAAGCAGCUGACUCUAAGGAUAUAAAAAACAGUGUGUGAAACUCCUUGCACUUUAUCAGAAAAGAUCCCAUGCACUGAUUCUUCAUAUAAAUGCCAGAGAAACACGGGGACCAUUUACACUUAUCGAUUUCUGACUGAUGGGGCUUUGUAUCCACUGAAUUUCCGUACGUGAAUCCUUAAGCUGGUCUGUAACUAGACCUGUAAUUACGUAUUAAAUAUGCCAAAAAAGAUUAAAAAACACAUUAUUCAGAACAAUCGGAUCUCAUACACACCACUGACCUGUUGUGCACUGCUAAGGGCCAAACCUGCAAGCUGUUAGUGUUAUUUUAUAUAAAACAUCCCGUAGCUCUGCACUUAAUGCUUCAAAUGGAUGUUCGUGUUGGUGAUCUCUUUGGGGAGGAAAGACUGGAUACGCACCUAUUUAUUCCGGGUUGUAUUUAUUAGCGCAUGGAGACGUUGAUAUGAGCCGAAUGCGGGCAUUACAGAUAUUUUUCUAUGAAGGUUUUAGUGGAAGUUGAAAGUUGAGUUCUUUGCAAACUGCGGGGGUUUAUUUUUGUUGGCAAAACCCUUUUUUUCUUCUUCUUAGCUUCUCUGCUGCUGACAUAGUCAGAACUUCUAUUUGUGUGUAACGGUAUAAGAGUGCCGAUUCAGCUGUGCAGAAUUAUACUACGGCCGUGAAACCACCGCUACGAUUUGGAGGCUUUCCGAAGCCACGACGCCCUAACAAAAUACAUUUUAUUCCUUUAAAUGGCUAUUUUGGUCUAGAACCCUUCAUGUUAUUUCUUAAGGGGUCUUGUUAUAAAAUAAACAUCUACUUGUAGAUAACAUUACAUUUUCAGCUCCUGCUGCAUGGGACAUAAGUUCUCCCCGUGAACACCUGAUCUUAGAACAGAUUGUAAGAACUCUCCUAAAACUAGCAGCAAAGUGUUCCCGCAACCCAGUUAAUCGCAAAUUCCUCACAAUAGAUUAGAUAUAUCCUACAAUUUUUCAGUUCUCUUGCUUGGAGGAGAAUCUUUAAUAUUUAAUAAACCCCCGGUACAUUCACAGUUCUUGGUUUAUAAUUAAACAAUAGCAGUGACCUCAUGUUAAACGUGGUGCUCUUGUGUCAUAUGAAUUGAGCUGUAAAAUUAACUCUUCGAAGUUGAUAAAAGUUAAUCAUUUUUUAAAAAGGUUAUAAUUUGGCAGCGAGUCCUUAUCAGUAGUAAAAUGCUACAGAUGCGCCUGCUCGGGAUCAAGCUGUAAGUUCCAUCUCUAGCUAAACCUUUUUUUUCUCUCUAAUCCUUGGCAUCAUAUCUAAUUACCCAACUACUGACCAUUUAAAAGUGCCAUAUAUUUUUAUAGCAUUUAUUGAACAGAUAAAUUGAAGGCUAAAAAUGGCAGUAAUAUAAUAAAAGAACAUUUGUUUUAAUUGAGUGUCAUAGACGGUAAGCAAGAGGCUGCAAAAAAAAAACAA